AUGCGUUUCGCCACUCUUGCCGCCGUCGCUGCCUCCCUCUUUUCUGCAGCCUCUGCUGUGCAGUACAAUGUUACUGUUGGUCCCAACAACACCAACACAUACGACCCCUCCUCAAUUACUGGAGUCGUAGCUGGUGAUGUUAUCUCCUUCCGAUUCGUCUCCAAGAGCCACAGCGUAACGCAAUCCACCUUCGAUCAACCUUGUGUUGCUAGAGCCGGUGGUGUGGACUCUGGCUUCUUCCCUGUCGACGCCGCAGCUACUUCGUUCCCUGAAUGGACGAUUCAGAUUGAGAACGCCUCCGCGCCCCUGUGGUUCUUCUGUGCCCGUGCUCCUCACUGCACAGCGGCUGGAAUGGUGUUCGCCAUCAACCCCACCGCCGAACGCACAUUCCAAGCCUUCCAAGCAACCGCUACUGGCGGCGCUGCAGGCAACACCGGCACUACCACCACUGGUACCAACACGACCACCACCGGCACGGAUGGCGGCGCCGCUGACCCCGCCACGACCGACUCUGGCGCUCUCUCCCUCUCAGCACACAAGCUCACUACCAUGCUUGUGGGUAUUGCCCUUGUCGCUGGCUUCUCACUAUGA